GGGGAAGGUCUCGCGGACCCGCCGCUCCCGGGCGGGCUUGGAACCCCGAGGCCCCCAUGGCGGAGCCGCCGGCCUCGGGCGGGCGCGGGCGCGGGCGCGGGGCCGGGGCGGCGCCCAACCUGGUGUCGCGGCUUUCGCGGUGGGCGGACGACCACCUGCGCCUGGUCCAGAACAUCAGCACUGGCAUGGCCAUAGUUGGAAUAAUAUUAUUUCUAAGGAGCGUUCGACUAACAUCCAGGUUCACCAGCCCCUCGGCCAUCCCAGCCGAGUUCAUCCGGAAGCGGGUGAAGCUCCGGGGCCGCCUGCGGCGGGUGACCGAGCUGGGCCUGGAGAUCGAGCACGUCCCCAUCGCCGUCCCUCUCCUGUCCUCCUGGAGACAGGAGCCCUGUGGCGUGCUGCUGGUCAAGCUGGCUGGGGUCCAGCUCACCGACUCGGGAAAGGCCUGGCUGCAGAGCGAGCUACAGCCCUCCCAGCACCUCUGGUUCCAGCUCCUGGGCAAAGAGGACUCAGCCCUCUUCUGCUACCUUCUAGUCGACAGGGGUGGAUUCUUUAGUGUGAAUCUGAAUGAAGAAAUUUUGAGAAGAGGACUGGGCAAAGCUGUUCCUGUUAAGGGGCUGGACUAUGAUUCUAAAACCUACUGGAAAAUUCACAGAAAGUUACUGAAAGCUGAACUGACAGCCUUGAAAAAAGGAGAAGGCAUCUGGAAGGAAGAAUAUGAAAAGGAAACUUAUUUGGCAAAAUUCAGAGAGUCCUGGAAAGAAAUAUGGAAAAAAGACGAUUAUUUAAAGCCCGCUGGAUCUGAUUCCAACUUGAAAACCCGAAGUUACUAUGACAAAUUUAGAAGCACUUACGAUACAUGGAAAGAUAGUGUGAGCAAUUUCUCCUUAGUACUGAAAUUCAGGGAACUAAAAAGUCGCCUGCACUUCCGCAGAAAAGGUUGAGGACUCCUGAGACGAGCGCAGCGUGUAAACAUGUGGACACUUUCAUUGAGUCACAAAUGGAAAUUUCACCAAGCGAUCAGAAUAACCUACAGUGAGUGCGAAGUACUUUUAUGAAAAGGGAGACACUGUACCCCGGGUGAGGGACGCACGUGUGUGUUGUGAACAUUUUACUCCACAUCUCCAGUGGUGAGAUUCAAACCUAGGGCCUCGUGAACCCGAAGCAGGUGGUCUCUUGUGGGGCUACAUCCGCAGCUCUCCAGUUCUUAUAUCGAGGAAGGAAAGCUCAAGAGUUGGCUGUUGGGUUACGCUGGUUACUUUUUAUUUUAAGCAAAUACUAACUUUCAUUUCCAGUUUAAUCCGACUCGUAAUUCACAAUAAAGGACCUGCAUCCCUCA